AUGGAUGUUUCGGCAGGGAGAGGUAGAGCGAGAGUCUUUGGAAGGUUGAGACCUGGGAAUGAGGUCAAGAGAACGUUGAUUUCCGAAGAUAGCGUAGCGCCUAAGCUAUCGCUUAAUACCUCCCACAAAUUCUGGUUCUCACGAACUUUUCAAUAUCGCGAACAACUCGACAUCAACCACCAACAAACCGCCAAGAUGCUUAUCCCCAAGGCAGACCGCAAGAAGAUCCACGAGUACUUGUUCCGUGAGGGUGUGCUCGUCGCAAAGAAGGACUACAACCUCCCCAAGCACAACGACAUAGACACCAAGAACCUCUACGUCGUCAAGGCUUGCCAAUCCCUCACUUCCCGCGGAUACGUCAAGACGCAAUUCUCAUGGCAAUACUACUACUACACCCUCACCCCUGAGGGCCUUGACUACCUCCGCGAGUGGCUUCACCUGCCCGCUGAGAUUGUCCCAGCUACCCACAUCAAGCAACAACGAUCGCACGCUCCUCCCCGCGGAAUGAUGGGUGGUGAAGGCGAGCGUGAGCGUAAACCUUUCGGUGGACGUGGCGGCCGUGGCGGAGACCGCGACGGAGGUCGUGAGGGUGGAUACCGCAGACGCGAGGCUGGUGGUGAGGGCAAGGAGGGUGCGCCAUCUGGAGAGUUCGCUCCUCAGUUCCGUGGUGGCUUCGGACGUGGAGCUCCUCCCGCUUCUUAA